GAGCGCGCGGUGCGCCAGGCGCAUAAAUUGCGCGCGCGGAGAAGGGAGGGCAGAGCGGCAGCGCGAGCGAUGCGAUUCAACCCGUUUCUGUCAUCUCUAACACGCGAGCAGGAUUCCUAUUUCUUAUCACCUCCCAUUUCGCCUUUCCCCUUUCUUUCUUUUCCACAUUUCCAGCACUACUGGAGCCGGCUCGCUUCGGUUGUUGUUUAUUGUUUCUCGAUCUGUUUUGUUGUUGUUGUUGUUGUUGAAGUUUUAGCUCUUAUAUCGGAGCGGAAUGUAGCUGUCACGCGCACGUCUCGGGUGCUUUUUGAUUUCCUUUGCACUGUUGACCCGACUUCGCGGAUGUGUGCACGAGCGUGGAACCUCAGAGAACCUUAGGGUACCUUAGAGAAGCUUGGGGUACCUUUAGAGAACUGUACAGAACGUAGCUGAAACGGACCGACACGACACACACACACAUACAUACACACGCGUAUACGCAAAAAACGCGCGCGCGCGCGCACAAGCGCGGAGCCUGCAGCAGCUCGCGGACUCGUUUAUUUCAUUCUAAAUGUUUUUAUUUUGAACCGAGAGAAAGAGAGAGAAACAGAGAGAGAGAGAGAAAGAGAGAGAGUGAAAGAGAGAGUGAGAAGAAUAAGAAGAAGAGGAAGAAGAAGAGAACCCUGCUGGAUCCGAGAGCGGAGCGUCCUGAGCCGGACUCCUCCUCAUUCCUCAAGACCAUGGUGUUAGACAAGGAAGAGGGAGUGCCGAUGCUCUCCGUCCAGCCCAAAGGCAAACAGAAGGGCUGCGCUGGCUGCAACCGCAAGAUUAAAGACCGCUACCUGCUCAAGGCACUGGACAAAUACUGGCAUGAAGACUGCCUGAAGUGCGCGUGCUGCGACUGCCGCCUGGGCGAGGUCGGCUCCACCCUCUACACCAAAGCCAAUCUCAUCCUCUGUCGCAGAGACUACCUGAGGCUCUUCGGGACGACGGGGAACUGUGCAGCGUGCAGUAAACUGAUCCCGGCUUUUGAAAUGGUGAUGAGGGCCCGAGAUAACGUUUACCACUUGGACUGUUUCGCCUGUCAGCUUUGUAACCAGAGGUUCUGCGUAGGAGACAAGUUUUUCCUUAAAAACAACAUGAUCUUGUGUCAGAUGGACUAUGAGGAGGGCCAGCUCAACGGCAGCUUCGAGACACAGGUCCAAUAACGCCGACCUGACCGUGGCAGCACACACACACAACACAUACACACACACACACACACACACACACACACAACACAUACACAACACAUACACAACACACAUGUACGCACGCACAGGGAGGAGCAUCUGUCUGCUUGCCUGGAAUACUUUUUACAGUAUAAGAAGUCCUCUUUGGUUCUCCAGGACUCUGGUGUAAAUGUUUUUUUCCCUCAACUCUGAGCAUUUCUAAGUUCUGAUGUACAGUCGUGCCUGCGUCGCUGAGCACUGUAUCGCCUGUAUGGGGUUUUUUUUGUGAUGUUUCUUUUUUUUCUUUUUUUUUUUUUUUUUUUUUAUCCUUGUUGUUCACAGUUAGGAAGGUAAGACAGAGGGUGAUGUACAGUCAGUUUUUUUCUGUAUAUAUAUAUAAACUGGAACAUUUAUUUUAUGAAAUUGUAAUGCAAUUUUAUUACUAGUGUGAAUUAAAGAACAAAACACAAUUCUUAAAUGUUCAA